AUGGUGAGUGCCAACGCGGUUGUCUCGCUCUUCGCGCUCGCUGCGCCGCUCGUCGCCGGUCACGGCAUUAUCUCCAACCCCUUGGCCGAGUUUACGCCCAACGUCAUGCGCACGACGUACGUGACGCGCAUCCAGGCCAACUUCCCCGGCAAGUUUGACGACUCGCCGCAGACCAACGUCGCCAACUUCAACAAGGCGUUCAAGGCCCAGACGCAGUUCAAGACGCUCCGUGACAUGCUCGACCCGCAAGGUCCCGACUGCGGCAACACGCUCACGAACGGCGCCAAGAAGGCGAUCCCGACCAAUGGCAUGAUGACGUGGCAGAACCCCGACACGGGCGAAGGUUUCGUGCCCAGCCACACGGGUCCGUGUGAAGUCUGGAUCGACGACAAGCGCGUGUUCCAGAACGACGACUGCGCGACCAACUUUCCGGCCAAGCCGGCGGCCAACCUCCCCAUCGACUACUCGAGCUGCUCGGGCGACGGCUGCAUGUUGCGCUUCUACUGGCUCGCCUUGCACGAGCCGAUGUGGCAAGUCUACAAGAACUGCGUUCCGCUUGAAGGCAACGGUCAGAAGCCGUCGCCCACUGAUGCCCCGACAGAGGAACCGACUGAGGAGCCCACGGACGAGCCUUCGGACGACCCCGAGCCCACGGACGAACCCACUGAAUACCCCGGCUCGACGACGUGCGAAGCUGGCAGCCACUGCGUCAAGUUUAACCCGUUCUACUACCAGUGCCGCCCCGACAGCGAGGCUGCUGAGGGCCAAGUGCCUGCAUUUGGGCAGUGCGGCGGCAAGGACUUUAUCGGCGCGACCAAGUGCGUCGAGGGGUACCAAUGCGGCGAAAUCAACGAGUACUUCUUCCAGUGCCGCCCCGCGGCCGAGUAUGGCGGCAACCGCCGUCUCCGCGGCAUGUAG